AGUCAACCCGCAGCCCUUCCUAUCCUCGGACGGGCCUGAACGAAUUGACGCGGAUUGUCCAGGAGAGACCUCUGCGCCCUCGAUUGAAUUAUACGAUCCUGCUUCUCGAUAAGCUCGCUUCAAUUGAGCUUCCAACUACAUCAUGUCUACCACCACUGUGACGUCGCUCUACCGGCGCUCCUUGAAGCUGUCCCUGGACUGGGCUGUCCAGCGAUCCGUCUGGCGCGGCCAGGCCGUCUACAUCCGCUCCCUCUUCGAUGCCAACAAGGAUGUCCGUGAUCCUCGCCAGCAACAGAUUCUGCUGCGCGAGACUGAGAAGCUGUUGAAUGAGUGGAAGCACCCCGACCCCUACCGGGCUCCCACGGCCCCUGGUGGAAACAAAUGGGAGCGCAACAUUCCCGCUCCGAUUCUUCCAUAUGCGGCUCCCCCCCGCCGCCCACUAAUGGACCGGGUUUCGAGCAUGGAUGUCAUUCACUUGGGGGUUUGCGAAUCAGUUUCAUACAAUAUUUGUCGUUUUUCCAAAUUACAGCCACAGGCACAUGUAGAUACAAUGAAAAAAAAGCCUAUGUCACAUUUCAAAUUCAAGCGAAUCCGAACUAGCGUAGUUUGAUAUCAACC